AUGUCGCACGACGGAGCUGCCUUCUCUCAACAUUCCGUGUUGAGCCCACCGCUUCUAGCUGCCAUCGACAGUCAGCACACAUUUGGCUCUCACCAUGCAGUCUCCGUCUCUCCAUCGCACGAUCAGUCCGUCGUUCCAGGAACGAGAUCUCGUGCGUCCUCGUCCGCAUCACUCCACAACGUCGCCUCAUCCCAUGUGCACCAGACCCGGCAGGCCACUGGCAACAAGAAGUCACGUAGAGCUCAGCAAGCUCAUUCAGCACACAGUCGUAACGGCAGCAGGUCGGGUGCCUCGUCUGUGUCAGGCCGCUCUGCUGCUCAUCACAACAACUACUCAGCCACGGUGACUUCGGACGACCAGACAAGGCUGAAUGCUAGCCUUCGAAAUCGUUCGACUUCGCAUCUUGAUGAGAUCAGCAGCCAGUCCGCUGCUCGCGAGCAUGACCCGUCGUCUCGAGGGGCGACCGCCAUGACAGCUCCACCGUCUCCACUCACGUCUGCGUCUGCCCCCUUGCCCUUCACCAUGUCCCCCAUCGCUCAAGCAGCAGCGAUGGCCGACCACUUGAUGCCUACAGACUGGAAUCUCGACAGCCCAUCGCCCGCAUCGCCGCCAUCCGCCCCCUCUCGCAAUGCCUCCGACUACUUCGACUCGGCACUGCUGGCUCAGCUGCAGUCACAAAGUGGUAGCUCUCAUCCCGAGCUUCGUGCCAACGAUGGUCGAACCGAUCCAUCCCCGCCCCUCGAUACCGUCUUUGGUCGCCUCUCUCCCCACCCCACACAUGCGGCUCGUUCCGCGAGCCAAUCCGAGUGGGCUCAGCAUGCAGCUCAUAUGCAGCAGACGGCUCACUUGCUUGGACUGCAGCGCCUCUUUGCCAGCCGCAGCACGCCACAUCUUCCCGACCUCGACUCUUCCUAUCUCGGUCACGAGUUCGAAUCGCCUCCCCCCUACGCCCCUCAGGCAUCGGCUCACGAAACCGAGCUCGAAAGAGCCACUGAUCUCGGUGCGGUUGCACAUGGCCUUGGUGCGAAUCAGAACGGGCUACCGUCCAACCCGUCCUCCGCAUCAACGUUGCACAACGGUAGCGACCCACCACUGCCUCCACCAAUUUCCAUCCCUUUCAGCAGCGGCCCGCAAUCUCUCUCAAGCCCACCCUCUGCGACGCCGCUCGCACGACCACCGCUACGGGCCCGAUCGUCUUCUCGUGGCAGUCGCAGUGGUCCACCAUCUCCUUCCGCCUCCUUCUACGGACGUCGUGGUCUUACGAGCCUAUCGCCCUUCCCAGCAGGACUCGAGAUGACGCCGAGCGUCGCGCAUGUUCCCUCCUUUUCUUCGAACCCCGCCAGUCCUCGGUUUGCUCCAGACAGCGAUGGUGACGAAGAUCUCGCCACGAUGCUCUCCUUCUCUUCCUCCCGCUCGAAACAGAGGCGGGACGAGAGAAGGCAGACAAUCGCUUCGACCGACAACUUGACAAGGCUGGAAUCGUCAUCGAACGCCUUUUCCUCUUCUUUGCCAGCAUCCUCUGUACAGUCACAAGCUGUCCUAUCCAGAAGACGACGAUCAGGAUCGGCAGGUAGCGCGCGACAGCUUCUUCGUCCGCGUACGCCCAUUCACUCCACGCAGGCAAGGGCUUCUGCUGCCGAGUCAUCGCGCGAUGAGGCUUCCCAUACCGCAUCAAGGGCAUUGACAGCUCCGUCCGGUGCGAGCGCAUCAGCCGUUGUCGCAGAUGCUGCCGAGGAGGGUUUUCAGAGACGCCUGGUCGAUCGGCCUGCGAGCCGAGCAAGUCGAAGUGACGACCAGCAUGCCGACACUAGCAGCACGCCAAUAUCUCCGACCUCUGAUAUGAGCCGACGCGAGAGUCCAAUGUCGCCGGAUCCCGCCCGCAAUCUGUCUCCAACAAAUCCCUCCAUCGACCGUGUCUCAGCAACGCACAAGGCUGAAGACAGCGCGGUGCCGAAAUCCAGCGCAACUGCUGCCGAAGAAGACGAAGAAACGUUUCCGUUGGUGCUCAAGCUUCUCUUGCAUUCGUUGCGUGUUCUCGCUGCAGUGCCCGGCUGCAUCGGCACCUUCUGGCUGGCUCGCAACGCUUGGAUUCUGGCAACAGAGCACGGCCAUCUGCUCAGCCCCGGUCAGAUCGUCAUCACCGACAACGGAGCGAAUCACUUUACGAGUGCUCACUCCCCGCGGCUGCAGCCAGCACUGCUCGAUGCGCAUCGUCUGGGUCGUCGUCAACCCGGUUCGUUGGAUUUUGCCGUCGCGUGCCUGUGGAGCAUGAGCACGGCCUACCACGCGCUGUCGUUUACUACGCUGCUUCUGCGCCGCUGGCUGCUUUACUAUUCCAUCCUGCCAUCGCUCAUCCGUCUGGUGGCGUUGCAGGCAAUCUGCUGGCCGCUGGUGCGAAUCACAGUCCACGUCUUUGGAGCCGAUCAGCCGUUGGGCGCAUGGGUAGUCAUUGGCACCACCACCGCCCUCAGCGAUGUAGUCUCGCGCUGGGUGACAAGCAACAUCGCCGAUGCACCCUUGGACGACGAGCUGGACGAGGAGGAAGAAGACGACGACGAGGCAGACGACGUGCUCGGUUACCUGUCCGACAGUCGCUUUGUCAAGAGUCCUCCGCGACAGAGUGCGGCAGAUAGGAUGUUGCGGGCGGAUCAGCAUCCUUGGUCAUCAGCGGGUGGUCAGUCGCUGGUCGGAGACUCGGACUGGGACCCAAGAUCUGGCGAUGAGAGCGAUGCAGCUGCAGCGAGCUUCUUCGCAUCGGAGCGGGAGCGGCGGAGGCGACGCCGUCGCGGUGGACAAGGAACCAGAUUCUGGCGUGCAGUCAUCGGUGGCCCUUCGUUCGCUGCUACUUCGCGGCGUCGAAAGAACGACGACGGAACGGGGAUGAGAACCUUCGUGGGUGAUCGAUCUCGACAGUCGGGCGGUACAGGGACUGAGACAGAAAUGGAAGCUGAUUCGGACUGGCCUGGCUACACAACAGAUCGCACCGUUCUCGGCGGCAGCGGUACACCACCGUCACGCUCAGGCUCAGGACCUCGAUGGGAUCAACAAGGUCUGCGUCGACGACUUCCACCUCACGUGAACCCCGCAGCAAGGGUUUCUACCUCACCUGAGGACCGAACAGCCACCGAGACAGGGAUGUUUGGACGUCGACCGGUGCUGCCACCCUUCCCGUUCAAGGCGUCGAUGUACAGACAAGGCCACACGCGCUACGUCUAUCGGGAUGGCGCUUGGAUCCGCGAACGCACGAGCAGCCGCCGGAACUUUCACUGGGAGGUGGCGGUGUGGAGAAACGUGGUGCCGAUCGCUGUGCUGUCGUACCUCAGCAUGUGGAUCUUGAUCUUUGACGCGAUGCGACUGGGAGGCUAG